GUUUUCAGUCGUUCGCUGGCAGACGCGCCGACAACGUGCGUCGCAGUCGCAGCAGAUUCCGAUUCGGGUUCAGAUCGAGAUUCAGAUUCGGAUUAACAUUCGCGCAGUGGAAGUUUGCAGGAGUCUCGUGCAUGAUUGCAAAAAGUGUCGCCUAAACAAAAUAUAAAUAGAAAAGUGCACUGCAUGAAGGUGCAUGCAAAUGCAUUCGUCCCACUGUAUAUCGCGUAUAAUCGCUGCACACUCACUGGCUCCCAUAUACGCAUUGCACUAAAAAACUACGUAUAAAGACUUAUAUAUUUAAUUAAAUUUUUGAGUUGAGCCUUUUGUUGUUGGUGCUGCCUAUAAUUCUGCUUCAUUUUACGUCGCUUGAGAACGGCAAUCCCCAUCGACUAGCAUCAAUUGUCGCUGAGCAUCAGAGCUGAUAGCUUGGAGUAAUAAACAGCGGGUUUCAUUUCGAAUAAGAUUUACAUUUGCGGGGUGAGGCCGCCGGUGGCAGUUAAAGACUAUUAGAAGAUAAUCUGACGUUCAGAUUUGUACUACUACUGUUCAUCGUGAAGUGACCCAGAAAAACUGCUGCUCAAAAACUAGGUCAGACGACCAAAAAAGACGUAGCAAAACAAAAGCGGAACAAAACGGCAUGAACUUGGAACGACAAGCAACUGGGCAAUUUUAAUUGAGACUUCAGAGUCUCAGGUAUUGUGCUUUCUCACCUGGUGGCCACUGGAUGAGCCACCAUGAAGGGCAUCUGCGGCGAGCAGCUUAACAACUUCAUGCUCCUGGGCGACUGUGAAAAUAGCGAGCAUGGGGCAGGACUACCCCAUGAUGGAUCGGAAAUGGAGUCUGGAGCUGGAAUGGGUGGCAGUUUGGCCUUCGCCGCGCGCCGUAUCCGGAACCGACAGGUGCACAGCAUGGCCGUGCGAUCGGGCAGUGCCUAUGACACACUGGAGCGACCCUAUAGGCAUGAUAAGUCUCGGGGUCGUUGGGCCAAAUCGGCGGACUUCUACUUCGCCAGCUGCACAUUUGCCUUCAGUUCGCUGAUCUUCUCCGAACUCUCCACCUUCGGAAUAUUGCAGGGCGGUUGGUUAUUGUUCAUAAUCGCCUACCUUGUGGGUAUGUUUUUGUACUCGCUGCCAAUAUUUUUGAUCCAAGCAUUUCUGGGACAAUUUUCAUCAUCUGGAUCUAUCUCAACAUUUCGGGUGGCGCCCAUAUUCAAAGGCAUCGGCUACGCCAUUCUGAUCCUCAAUCUUGGCACUCUCACCUACUACAGCAUUGGAUCUGUUGUGCCCCUCAUUUAUACCGUGAAUUCCCUACACAAGGUGAUACCCUGGAUGAGUUGCAACAACACUUGGAAUACUAAGGAAUGUUCCUUACACGAGAAUUACGAUGUCGAUGAUUAUAGGGUCGAUCCACAUUCCACUGUUGAGUUCUUUAGAGCGGCUAUUGCCUCUACUGAAGAAAGUUCCGGUUCCAUGAGCAUAUCCUGGUCUAUGCUCAUAGGGGUUUUGGCCACCUGGCUAAUAGUUCUGGGCCUGCUGCUCAAGCCAGUGGCUUUUAUUGGUAAAGCCUUGCGAUGCUCCUGCGUGCUGAUGUUUGGGUUUUUUGUGGCUGUAUUUCUAUACUCCGUCAUUCACGAACGAGUUAGUUUUGAUACCCUGCAAUUUUAUUGGAUGCCCCAGCUGGAUAGCUUUGAAAGCGUCUUAGCCACAUCGCGCACCGCCCUCCUGAUGGCCGGAGUGGCAUUGGGACCCGGAUGGGGUAGUAUCAUAACCUUGUCCAGUUACAACAGCUUCCGCAGCGAUGCGGAGAGAUUAAGCAUCUGGGUGUGUCUUACCCAUAUCACGAUCGGAUUGAUGGCUCUCCUAUUCUGCAAUGUAGCCCACGAUCACUUUGAGGAUCACGUGGGCAUGAUACCAUUACAUGUGGAUGAGAAGCAUCAUAUGCAGUUCUUGUAUCUCUGUUUCUCCUACUUGUUUGGGAGGUUUACCACGACACCAAAUCUAUGGGCUUUUCUCUUUUUUGGCAUGAUAUUCUUAUCGGAAAUAUGUGCCUUGAUCAUUCAAAUGAUGAACGUUCUGACUGCCCUGUUCGACGAGUUUGAAACGUUGCGAUCGAGAAGAAAUCUAGUAAUUUGUUCUCUGGUCUUCUGCCUCACAGCCUCCUCUGUGUAUUUUUGUACCCAGUUGGGCUUUAGUCAGCUGACUCAGCUGCCAAAUUUGGCCUUUUUCUCGCACGUAUUUUUUUCGGGAGUGCUUCUUUUGAUGACCACUUGGGUUUACGGUCGAGUGCGAUUCCAAUGCGAUUUGCAGUUUAUGCUGGGCAAAACUAUCUCAAGUUUCAAAAUUUUCUUUAUACGCUUUGCCACGCCCAUAUUUCUGGGACUGUGUUUGUUUCAACUCAGCUUCUUAUUUCUGCGCGAUAACAUCCACGAUAUCCUGAUCUACGUGAGUCAGGGAUUGAUUCUCCUAACGGCCAUAUCGUAUAUGGUCUAUAAGGUGUCGCGGACGAACGGCGAUUGGCGCCAGCGAAUGCAACAGUGCCUUGCUCCACACGAUUGGCAUCCGGUGGAUGCUGAUAACCGGCGAUUCUACGAGGAAAUCAUGGGCAUCUCCGAAAUGCUGGUGAUCGAUGCCAAUGCCAAUACCACAUAGUGCCUAAUUACCGAAUACUCUUUAGAUCAAAACAUAACACUUAAGGCAUCGCCACAUGACAAAUGAACUGAACUGAACUCACUUUUAUUAUACACCCAUAAGCGGUCACACUAACACACUCGCCGACGAGUGAUCAUACAUAUAUACAGAUCAUGUGCAAAUGGUGAUCGUUGAUUUUUUAAUGGAGUUGUACUGAUAUUUUCCAAAUGUUAGCUAUAGUGAACUAUAAACUGGUGAUAUUUAGUAGUUGCCUACUAAAAAGUUCAACAAGCUUCGGCCAAAAAACAUUGUUACGAAUUAAUAAAGUUUUACCUUUUAGCUAUGUA